AUGCCAAAAAUAUCUGCGGGAUGCAACACUUGCCGAAAACGAAAGAAAGGCUGUGAUAUGCAGCGGCCUUCAUGUGGCCAGUGCAAGAGAUUAGGCCUUCCAUGUGGCGGUUAUGGGCGGGAGCUCAAAUUUAUCCAUACUUCCAACCAGCCAUGCAAGCAAAGCGAAGUCCACACAAUCCUAGAUAAAGUAGUGCCAUGCUCAAAUGAGUUUCGAAAAAGCAGCACAGUUAUCUGCAAUACCACUGGACAAGCAUUGACCAGUCACGCGGAGACCCUGUCAAAAUCGGUUCUUGUUGGGUCAUGUCCCGGAUUGUUUUUGAACAUUUUUCUCGGGAAUAUUGGCAGCAAUACGGAAAAUUUAAGCCAAUCAUGCUUCACUGGUUGGAUGGUUACAACGUCAAAGAGUAAUUAUGAGAAUCUGAUCUUACGCAAUGCAUUGCUUGCCUUGGGCCUCGCAAGAGUUGGUAAACUAUCCCACGAUUCAAGGAUCGUGUACAAAAGCCAGCAGUUCUACUCCUCUACCUUAGUGCAAUUAUACCAGCGCCUCAAUAUCAACUCAGAAUGUUUGGAUGACGAAUCACUGGCAGGGAUUAUGUAUUUAAUCCUCUAUGAGGUACUGCCGAACGCAAUCUACAGCUAUUCGCUCUUUCAUCUACUAAUUUUAUCAACAAUAUAG